CCUCGAGGGCGCGCAGAAAAGCGCGCGGCCGCGGCUGCCCCUCCCCCAACUCUCACCGCGCAAGCCAGGAACCCGUCGCCCCGGCUGCUUCGGUCGCCGUGGUAGGUCGUAGUCAUGGAUUCUCCGUGGGAUGAUCUGACCCUUGCCUUUUCUCGCACGUCCAUGUUUCCCUUUUUUGACAUCGCCCACUACUUGGUAUCAGUGAUGGCGCUGAAGUGUCAGCCAGGAGCAGCGGCAGAGGCAUGGAAGAAUCCUUUUUCAAGUUGGUUUACUGCUAUGCUCCACUGCUUUGGUGGGGGAAUUUUAUCCUGUGUACUGCUUGCGGAGCCUCCAUUGAGGUUUCUUGCAAACAACACUAAUAUAUUACUGGCAUCUUCAAUCUGGUAUAUUAUUUUUUUUUGCCCAUGUGACCUCGUUUCCCAGGGCUAUUCUUUCCUACCUGUUCAACUCAUGGCUGUAGGAAUGAAGGAAGUGACCAGAACUUGGAAAAUAGUAGGUGGUGUCACACAUGCUGAUAGCUAUUACAAAAAUGGCUGGAUAGUCAUGAUAGCUAUUGGAUGGGCCCGAGGUGCAGGUGGUAGCAUUGUCACAAAUUUUGAGCAGUUGGUAAAAGGACGGUGGAAACCACAAGCUGAUGAAUGGCUGAAGAUGUCCUACCCUGCCAAGGUAACGCUGCUGGGGUCAGUUAUCUUCACGUUUCAGCACACCAACCAUCUGGCAAUAUCCAGGCAUAAUCUUAUGUUCUUCUAUACCAUGUUUCUUGUGGCCACAAAGAUAACCAUGAUGAUUACACAGACUGCUAUUAUGCCUUUUGCUCCUAUUGAGGAUACACUGAGUCGGAUGCUGUUUGGCUGGCAGCAGCAGUUCUCGUGUGAAAAGAAAAGUAAAACAAAAUCAUCUUUCAAUGGUACUGGUUCAUCGACCUCAAAGCCUAUAGCUGAUGCUUCAGAUAACGUUAAAAAGAAGCAUGCUAAGAAGACUGAAUAAAUUUACUUGAUGAG